AGUCUCAGGAUGGUGACACUAGUGCCACACCCAUGCAGCAGCCUGAGCCUUAUUGGCGAUCACGUGCGGACGCCGCUGCCAAAUUACCCAACCCAAUGUACGCCUCCAAUGCAGACGGCGCGUAUCCGGGUGGAGCGAGCGGCCGCCGUGGUGUCUGUAGCUUCCUCCGCGCCCGCCAUAUCUGUCUGGCCGCCGGCAUCGCCAUGCUACUGAGCUUGGGCGUCGUGGGACUCGCCCCUCUGACGUUCAGCAACAAACAGGAGAUAUCUCAAUUGUCGACAAUUGUGAAACGCGACUUGCGCCGACUGUCCACCACUGUCAACGCCCUGAAGCGCGACCAAGCCGACAUGUCCGCCAUUGUUGACGCCUUGAAGCGCGACCAAGACAACAUACGUCAACUGUCCAACACUGUUGACGCAUUGAAACGUGAGCUGGACAGCGAGCGAAACCGAACCGCCACCUCGGAGCAGCGCCUGAACGAGAAGACUUUGCCAUCUUGUCCCGAAGGUUACACAAUGUGGCGUGGAAUCUGCUACAAGGCCUUUAACACAUCCAAGACCUUCAGCGAAGCGGGCGCGGCCUGUCGUGCAGACGGCGGCACCCUCGCCAUGCCCCGAGACGCCGAGACCAACGCCUUCCUCAUCUCCCUGUACAUGUCCGUGCGCGAUGAGUUCUUCUUCUGGAUCGGUCUGCACGAUCGGUGCGAAGAGGGACGGUUUGAGUGGAUGGACGGUUCUGCACUUGGGCCGUACAGCUCCUGGGGUCAGGGACAACCGAGCAACAAUCAGGACCAAAGCGACUGCGUCGCUUACUCCGGAUACCUAUCCCCAUGCCUAAAAGACAAGUGGUACGACGCACCCUGCGACGCUGAGUAUUACUACAUAUGCCAGACUGUUCCAGCAGGUACUCACUGUAUCCGCAUAAUUUUCUGAAACCCUUCCUCCAUCUAGUAUUUGCCACCACCAUUAGUUUAAAAACAGUAAAUUCAGGGC